AUGCCAGACUCUAUUUCUGGUUCUAUUCAAGAAUCUCCAGAGGGCAACGCAGGUUUGCUGGGGCCACUGACUGGUACCAAGCCUUCUCCCAAUCCCUCAGAUAAUACGUCCAAUGCUCCCGUAUCACGUCGUCUGCGUCUUAUCGGUUUUGCUCGUGCUACUAGGGAUACAUACAUCCCUCGCUUGACCUCCUCGGUGACACUGUUGGCAACAGGUAUCACUGCACGAGAUAUCCAGUAUGAUGAAUAUGGCUCGCCCAUCACAUUUCCAAAAGAUACAACGUUCACACUUUUUCCUACGUACACACGGCCGGUCAAAAAUUCUGAGAAUGGCGAUGGCUGGAUGGUGAGUGUGCGAGGGUGGAUGUGGUGUCCAGGCGUCAUGAGCCGCAAAAACCGCUUGAUAUUGUCCUUGGCCAAACAAAUAACACGCUACGGGGGUGGAUCCGCGGCGCUGGCGGCUGUAGAUCGCUUGGAACUGGAUCCAAACUUGAAUCAGGACACAUUACAGGAUUGUGACCAGAAUAGCGAUGUAUCUUCCAUUUCGUCUGGAAAUUCGGCUUCGCCUCUGAUGGCACCCUCUUUGGGUUCUAUUGACAAUGACAAACUCAUUCGAGAUCGAUUGAGCUCGUUUAUUGCUAGAUCUAUCCCUGCUGCUCAUAUCAGUAUCGUGGUAGGGGCAGUCGAUACGGCUAGAAGCUCAAACCUCAAACAAAUAGAGACAACGACUGACUCUAACGGCAAUUUCGAGACGGAAAUCUUUGUUCCCUACGAACCCUCGGUAGUACAGGUCAGCUCGGUGGCCGAUGAAACUGUAUGCGUGUUCCAAGAGGUCAGGGUAGUCACAAUUGCGGGAUAUGGGCUUAUUAGUGACAUUGAUGAUACCGUUAAACUCACAGGAGUCAUUGGCGACAAACGUGAAUUGAUGCAUAGAUUAUUGCUAGGGGACGUCAUGUCGUGGAACAUUCCUCCUGUGAUCGCAUGGUAUAAGGCUCUUCUCUCGAGAUCAGACCUUACCUUCCACUACGUGUCAAAUUCUCCUUGGCAGCUUUUUUCUUUGAUCAGUCAAUACUUUGAAGCAGUUCAGCUACCUCCCGGCUCUAUUCAUCUCAAGCAGUACACUGGAAACAUCAUUUCAUCGCUCAUGGAACCAUCAUCAUCCCGUAAAAAGAAGUCGCUCUUCAAAAUUGCUCAAGACUUCCCCGAAAAGAAAUUCAUUUGUGUCGGGGACUCUGGUGAGAGAGACAUUGAAGCUUACACAGAUUUGGCGGUCAACUACCCAACUCAGAUCAAAAGUAUCUACAUUCGUGUUGUUGAGGAUUCUCUUUCUGAUGUGAAUGACGACAACAUUCUUAAUGAAAUUGAAUGGAUGAUCAAAGAAUGGUCUCGUCGCCAAAAGGAUACUCCUGUGGUUCCUCGUGUGGAGUCUGAACCUGACCUUAUAGAUAUGUCAGAUAGCUCUGCGGUCCCAGCCACUAAUCAACCAGCCACUAAUCAACGUGACGCUGUUUCCACUCAACUGAACGCAGUUUUCAAUGGGCCAGACCCAAUCUCGACUUCAAGAGCUGCAAAACUACCACCUAUGAUUCCCAGAAAACCUAUUGCACUUAAGGGAGUCACCGUCACGAAAGCUCCGCCAUUGCCAGAGAGAAAAUACUUGCAGAAAGCUGCCACUGACUCAAUAUUGUCUGAUUCAUAUCAUCAGGAACACUCGGGAAGCAGGGUUUCUCUGAAGGUUCCAAAGUCAGGCUCAGUGAGUCCAAGGGUAUCAACUUCUUCUCCACCUCCGCCACCUCCACCUCCGCCUCGCAGAAGAACUGGAGCAAGUCCUUUGCUAUCAUUGCCUCAAGUUGAAUCUAUUGACCAAUCUUCAGAGCAAUUCCAUGUUGAUAACCUAAAUGGAGCUCAAAGUUUCUUCGAACUCGAGGAUGUGGAUAAGCGUGGAGCAGAGUGGCUCCAGCGGAUAAAAGCUGUACUACAUUCACUUGAAGGAACGGAUGUCAAGCUUCAUCUUUUUAGAGACACCGAUGAUCAAUUCUUUAAGGAUUCGCUACAAGAUCUUGAAUAA